UUUAAAAUUUUAGGACAGAUAAAAGGUACAAGGUAAAUAAAAGAGAAUAUACGGAAAAUAUUUCAGUAAACUCUUUACGUUGGGGCCUCUCUUCCCUGUACUCUUUUAGGUGAUUGAAGUUUCGUCCUUUUUAGACACUCACUGCCAACGCUUUCUCUCUCAUCCUGUUUUAUGAAGUUUAUUUAGAAAUGGUAGAAUCGGGUUCUCAAGCAACUUCACGAUUUUACUUCUAACUUUACUUCUGCUUCCAACUUCUUUCAAUCAGGUUCAUGGGUUUUUUUCUUCUUCCUCUAUUUGCUAAAAAUCUAAACUAGUUUAUUGGUUUACAUUGAAACCUUUUAAUCACUUCAAGUUUUGGACAUCAGUUUUAAUCUCCUUCAUCUAAACAUGGGGCAAAACUCUAAUGGCUUGGACUGGUUUAUUAAUGUCUUCAACAAGAUGGAGGGCAGGUGCUUGGAGAUGUGUGAUGUCUUGGAGAAGGAAUGGUUGAAAUAUGCAAAAGGGCAACCAAACUCAGUUGGUAGUGAAGAUCACUUCCAACACCCACACUUGGGUCUUGGAGAAGAUCAGUCUCCUGAGAAGGAACAUUGGGCAAAUCAAGAUGCAUCUUCUGCGGGUGCUCUUAGUAAAGCUACAGAGGAGCAUCUUGUAGACCAAGGGAGAAUUCAAUCAUCCGAUAAACAGAAUCAUCCUCCAAUUGAAUCAAACCAUUUCUCAGCGAACCAAGAAGUAUGUGGAGCUCUCAAGAUCGAAAACAAGAAUGUUAAAGCAAAUAUAUCAAGGCCAUCAAGGAAGCAGAGCCAAAAAGCAAAAGAAAUAGUAAAGUUUUCUCCAUCCACCAUUCAAAAUGAUGAAUUUUCCGACUGGGAGAUUAUUUAAAUCUAUGAAUUGCUUUCCUUCUAAAAGCAGAGGUGGUGAAACAAUAAAAUUAGUGUUGAUCCUCCCACUAUUACUCCUAUAAAGAAUCAUCCUGCAAUCCUAUACAUAUAGAUUAUUUAGAUAUAUGUAUUAAUAUUACUUUCCUUCUAAAAGCAGAGGAAGUGCUCACCAGGCUAUAAAAUUCAUGACAAUCCUCCAAAUACUAACCUAUAGAGAUUUAUCCUGUAAUGCUACGCUACUCGUUUUGUUGCUUUCACUGUUUUUCAGUUUUCUCAGCCUAUUAGCAAUCACCAAGACUGAAGGGAGUUUAGUUUUCCUUCUAUUAUCAGGAGGAAAGUAAUUAAAAGGACAUUGAAAGUUGAAACUUUUAACUUCUAGGUCCUUUCUAUCGGACUCACACAACUGGCUUUCCCAGA